AUGUCUUCCUCUAGGCUAGAAAUACUGAACGAUGGUGGUCUACGACACGACGCUCGACGUCCAUACGAACUUCGUUCUUUAUCACUUCUCCUAUCCCCUCAUCCAACAGCAGACGGUUCAGCAACCGUUACAUCCGGUUUGACUUCUGUAACAGUAACAAUUUUCGGUCCUCGUGAACCACGUAUCAGAUCUUCAUCAUCACACGAUCAUGUUACUUUAACUGUGGAAGUAGGUGUACCUCCAUGGUCUCAACAAAGUGGCAUGAAAAGAACUAGAGGAGAUCGUCGUUUGGUGGAAAUGGGAAUGAGUUUAAAACAAAGUUUUGAACCUGUCAUCAUGGGGAAUUUAUAUCCACGUAGUGAAAUUUUGAUAAAUGUACAAGUUUUAAGUUCUGAUGGAGGUAUCCUACCCACAGCUAUAAACGCAACAACUUUAGCUUUGAUAGAUGCAGGUAUACCACUUCUAGAUUAUCUCACUUCUAUAUCUUUAGGUCUUCAUUUAACUCAACCAUUAUUAGAUCUUUCACAACCGGAAGAAUCAGAUUUACCUUCUUUAGUCGUCGCUUGUUUACCUGCUAGUGGGAAAGUUACUUUGGCACAGAUGGAAACUAGGUUACAUGUGGAUAGGUUUGAAGAGAUGUUAUUAUUAGGUGUGGAAGGUUGUGGGGUUAUAAAGAUGGAGAUGGAAAGGGUGGUCAAGGAGAGGACGGAGGGGUUGGUGGGGAGGUAUAAGAUGGGUGUGAAGGGGGAGGGGGAGUGA